UUUCUCUCUCUAUCUUUCUGUAAUGGAAGCCCAAGGCUUUCUUCUUCUGCUCUGUGUUUCCGAUAAUAGCAAAUAAGGGAAAAGGGUGUACUCUCUCUGUACCCAGAGAAGCCAUAGCUAGGAUCUUUAUCCCGCGAGACUGUCCAGUACGCAGGAUAUAGCAAGCCCAGAUCUUCCUCUCUUUCGUGCCUAGCGCAGAGAGAGGGGGAGGGAGGGAGAGGGAGGGAGAGCGAUUGAUGACAAGCAGCCCCGUCCAGAUUUGGAAGCCCAAGAGGAGAAGAAGGAGACGGAGGGGCGAAGGUUGAUUUGAUCUCGUCCGACGCCUUUUCUUGUUUUUUUUUUUCUCUUGUUUCUCCGCCUCUGUUCUUCUGGGUGGUGGUGGUGGGGGUGGGGGUGGUUUUCGGUGGAAGGUCUUUGGGUGUCGAAGCGAGAAGGGACGAGUUUCGAGGUCUGUAAUGGAGGUGCUGGUGGGGGGGUCCUCGCUGGGGAUCGAGGUGAGCUCGGCGUCGGCGUUCGUGAGGGAGCGCGCCGCGGCCGCGGCGGCGCAGGCGCAGGCCGGGGACGAUUCGGGCGCGGGCUUCGGGGCGGGCCGGUCGGGGAAGUCGGAGGAGGACUCGUCGUCGGAGAAGUCGUCGUCGAUCGGAGCCCCGGACGAUAGCGACGAGGAGGAGGAGGAGGAGGACGGCGCGGUGGUGUCGUCGGAGGAUGCCAAGGGAGGCUGCAGGAAAGGCGGCGGGUUCGGAUCUUUCGGAUCUCUGGCUUCGCUCGAGGACUCGCUUCCCAUCAAGAGGGGGCUGUCGAACCACUUCUCGGGGAAAUCGAAGUCGUUCAACAACCUGUCGGAGGCGAACCUGACGGAGGCGGUGGGCAGCAGCAGCGCCAGGGAUCUGGCGAAGCCGGAGCACCCCUUCAACAAGAAGCGCCGGAUCCUCCGCUGGUCCAAGAACUUCUCCCUCCUCUCCACCGCCAAGUCCAUGCCCCUCUUCCCCCUCAGCGAAGAGGACGACGACGACGACGUAGACGACGCCGACGCGUCGCCCGAUCACCGCGACGGGGACGCCGACGCCGACGGCGGGAGGGGCAAGUCCGCCGCCGCCGCCGCCGCCGCGAGCAGGUUCUCGGGGGGCCGCCGUGGGACGAAGCACAGCGUGUUCAAGUCCUCGAGCUGCUUCGCGCUGUCAGAUCUGCACGAGGAGGACGAGGAAGAGGCCGCCGACGACGAGGACAACGACGACGAGGAGCAAGGCGGAGGAAAUUGAUUUUUCUCUUCUUCUUUUUUUAAUUUUAAUUUUAUGUGUUUUUUUUUUUGGGACGUUUAACCUAACUUUAUGUUCCUAAUCAUCGAUAUUAAAAAUAAAUAGAUGAAAAAUUAUCCUCUUCAGUUUA